CUUCUCGCUUGACUGCGCUCGUGUGGGUGACGGCUCACUUGACUGCAGUCCAGCAGCUCUGCGAGGACUCCGCAUCAUCCGAAGGAGCCGGAUCCAAUUCUGCAGCAAGUCGAGCACUCUCUUGAAUGGAUUAUAAUUCAGAAGCACGUUUUUCUCGCAUCGCUUUUCUUUUCACUCAAAUCUCUACUGUCCAGUCACAGUGAAUUAUCGCCCACGAGUUUUCGUAUCCAGGUAUUGCGGUACUUUCCUCGCAGGACAGUAUAAAUGCAUCGCUAGAACAGCGGCUCCACUGCGCCAAAACUCUCCGCCUCUGUUUCAUGUCUGCGCCGCACUUUAAUCUCUCCGCUAAUUAAAGAUUGGACUUAAUUUUGGAGCAGUGCCCACGUCUUUUAUCCCGCGGUCUCGCUUUUUCCCCUCUCGUGUCGUACUUCAGACCCUCCCUCUGCCUCAGCCCGUCAUCCUGUGAGUCACUUCAAACAGCUGCAUAGAAAAUGUCUGCCCCAGAUGCUGCUGCCCCGGCUGGAGCCCCAGGCGCUCCAGGAGCCCCAGGUGCUGACGGAGCCCCAGCCGGCGCACCUCCAGGCCCACCAAACACCUCAAGUAACCGCAGGCUACAGCAGACACAGGCCCAAGUGGAGGAGGUGGUGGACAUCAUGCGGGUGAAUGUGGACAAGGUUUUGGAAAGGGACCAGAAGCUUUCGGAGCUGGAUGACAGAGCCGACGCGCUCCAGGCCGGAGCCUCACAGUUUGAAAGCUGCGCAGCCAAGCUAAAGAACAAGUACUGGUGGAAGAACUGCAAGAUGAUGAUCAUGAUGGGUAUCAUUGGAGUCAUUGUGGUUGGAAUAAUAUUCUUGUACUUCUUCUACUGAGCUCAGCCGGCCGGUACGGAUGAACAUGGACUUAAGAAAGAUACAAGAGGGAGGAGAAACUAAACGAGCGCCACUUCUGUCCAUCCUCUCCUGCCUCUCUUCACACGGUCUUCCAUCAAACCAUCCUGCACACACACACACACACACACAUACACAACCCAGCAGCGCUUCUAGGUGUUCCUGUGCUCCCGUCUCUCCCUUCUCGCUGCUUUCCUCCCGUUUGGGCGCCGGGUCUCACUCGGGCUCUCUCGUCUCUGCACCUCAUGCAUUAUUGAAGGACGCAGCAGGCGGAGUGAGCGAGGGGGAAGGAAGGAGCAGGAAGGAGAGAGAGAGAGAGAGCCACGCGGAGCUCAACCCACCCCACGGAGCCGUGCACGGGUGGCGAAUGCGUGCGGGGAGAUUGAAUAAGAGUCUGCAGUCCUUCCCAUCCAGAACGCACCAAAGCUUGUCCAUCAAACCUUCUUUGGGAGUCCCACAUUUGUAAAUAGUUACCGACUUGCCUAACUAACACACUCCGUCUGUCACAACUGCUCCCAUCUACGCUGCGUACUAACACAGGCUCAUGUAAUGAUAGGUUCUCGUCAUUUUUUAAUGUGUGCGCAUGUGUGUAUUUGUGACUCAAUGCACUGUAGCAAAUAACCUUUUCAAGUUUAGCCCACGUUUGCCCCAUUUGAAUCCGAUUUGCCAGUCAGUCGAUAAACAGACACGCUCGGGGGAACAGAGCCUUACGUUAAAGGAAGAAGCGAUUCAGAUCAGAGUUGUACGAGAAAACUAAGAGACAAUCUACUGCAACACGAUCCGCCCAGAGGAAGGUCUCUGACAGACGGAUGCGUCCACGUCAGUCGAGCUGAUGACGUGUUUGAUUUGGAAACCCAACCCUCUGUGGCGACAGCUCCAGCGUGUUUGUUCCCAACCUGCAUGGCCGACAGUAGUCCAUCCAUAGUUUUGCCCAGUUGUGUAUCUGCCAUUUCCUGAAUCUUACUGCCGACUGUACGUUUUCCUGUGUUAGUGGUUUAAAGGACCCGUGUGUGAUGUCUUACUGAUCCGAUAAUUAACGCUUAUGCAGAGCAGAGAUACUCAAGACUUUGCCAAGUUUUGUUAACGUCGCGUGCUUUUGAGAGGGAGUUAGAGCGUAGUAUUUAAUGAGUAGCAUCACAGUACACAGACAGAGUAUUUUCCUGAAACCGUGUUUUUAAAUUCCUUCAGAUUUUUUGAGGAUCGCUGGAUUUCACGGUAAAGGUCGUUUUUCUCUUCAUACUGAUUUGGAGUCGAUUGUGAAAAUAUGAACAAAGGGCGUUUACGCGUAAAUGUAGCCAUCAGCUAUAAUGACCUGGUGAUACUGGACGACAGCAUCACGGGUUAGUGACCAUCAGACAUACGAGAACAUGCUUCAUGAUUUACAACUGGAAAAUGCAAAAUGAAUCGCAUGCUUCCCACUUUUGCUGAUGCCAAUAAACGAGUUAACAACAAAA